AAUCGGUAUUGCGUAGCUUAAACGCCAGACUCCUCGUCGCUAUUAAGUUCCAAAUGCGAUCCACUUAAACAGCUGACAUUUUGACACAGACAUUUUAAUUAAUUUAAUUUUGUUUUUGUUAUUUUGUGAAAUUUUUGUUUACAAAUACAAAUUCUUAAAAGAAUGUAUAGUGUGGCCAGCUAUUUUUCAUGGAGCAGCAGUAAGGACGACGAGCAGCAAGAGGAAAAACGAAGAAAGAAAGAUUUAGUUUUGCAGAGACGAUGGAUUCGAUCCACAGCUAACCCAAUGGAUUUGCCUAAUUCAAAGUUUAAAAUGUAUUUCCGACUCAAUAAAGAAGCCUUUCUAUAUAUUUUAAACUUGAUGGAAAGUAAUUUUCCUGAGAGGCGUUCUGUCUCAGUACCAAAUAUUUUAAAAUUAGCGGCCACCUUAAGGUUUCUUGCUGAGGGAGGUUACCAAAAAGGUGUUGGGAAUGAUUUUAAUUUGGGACUAGCACAGCCUACAUUUAGCAUCAUUCUUAAGGAAGUGAUAAAUUUUCUUGAGGAAUAUCUGUGCCCAUUAUGGAUAAAGAUGGAACUCUCUGAGGAAGAAAAAAUUGAAGCUAAAUUACACUUUUUCCAGCAGGCUGGAAUUCCUGGUAUUAUUGGCGCAGUCGAUGGGACCCAUAUCAAAAUUUUGGCACCGAAAAAAGCAGAUCAACAUAUCGUCGCCCGAAAAUUGUUUUGUCGUAAGCGCCAAAUUGUUUUUUUUUUUAAACUGGAUAUGCAGUAUUAUGUUUUCAAAGGUGCUCUUUUCAUUUCUGUUGUCAGAGUUUGCCUAUCUCUUACCGUUGCUGAGGUAAAUAGUAUGCAUUUUGGUCGUAUGUCCACAAAAUAAUCACCCCUUGAGUUUUGUUUUGUCGUAAGCGACAGUUUUUGGCAUAUACGACAAAAAUUCCAUGUGUUUUCUCUCUUUUUUUUUCUUAAUAUUGUUUUGUCGUAAGUGUAUACGCUUAAAUCAUACGAUCAAAAACUUAAAAUGAAACCUUAAAAUUGGUUUGUCGUACUUGUAUGAGACUCGCAUAUAAUGAAGGACUGAUCAUAGAGAAAUACAACACAAACAAGAAAAAAAAUAUUGCGGUUUGGUUUGUCGUACGUGUAUAGAGAUUUCAACUGGAGGUGCAAAAAGUAUAAAUACAAAGAGCGAUCAAAAAAAAUUCAGUCGUUAGCAGAAUCUUGUUGAGUAAGGACGUGUCGCGUCGUGUGGUUGUAAUGGAUUCCCCGGUGAGAACAAUUUCGAAGGCAAUACUUUCGUAAGUACAUACAAAAAUUAUAUUGUUAAUUUUGUUUUAUGAGUAAACAUAUUUUAUUGAAACUGUCAAUUUUAAUUUAACUUAUUGUUAUUAUAUCUAAAUGUUAGACUCAUUGAUGAUAUUGUUCCAAACGAAGACGAUUUUGGCGAAAACAUGGAAUCUGAAGAUGUUUUAUCUGAAAACGAUUUUGAUAGCGACGAUUUAUGUAACGAUCCAACUUUCAUUCCACCCAGUGAAGAAAAAGAGUUGGACGCUCAUACAGCCGAAAAUAUACCACCCGAUAACAAUGCAGAUUGCCUUCCUUUUAAUAAAGAGCUCAGAAGUAUACCUUCGGAAUACUUAGCAUCAUCAGAAAGUGACGGUUCUCCACACGGAACGAAAAAAAGAGCAAGGCGUCCGGAACUAUGGAAAAAUCAUAUCCGUCAAAAGCUCAGAGAGUCAGGGCAGACAUAUGAAAACAUCAAAGGGGAUGUCAUGCCCAAAAGGUGUCUCAAACCUCCAUCGAUGACAGACAAAGAAUCCAUGAUUCCUUUUGGAAAUUGA